UGCAUAAUACAGAGCCUGAAGCUUGCCAUAUUUCCUAAAACAAGAAUCAUAUUGGAGACACUUUUUGAAAGCAACUUUGAAAUUAAGUUGGAACUGAGAAAAAAUAAAAAUAAAAAUAAAAAAUUCAAAGGAAUAUUUUGAGUUGCCUACAUAAGAGUGGUCCUAUUAUCAAAAAUUAAAACAGCUAGCCCAUAUCACUGACUAUUUUGAGGAAAACAAUGCAGGCACACAUGGUGUACCUGCUAAUUGAGUAGUCUAACACCACCUAUUCAAUUACAAUAAAGACUAAAAUAAGUUAUUUGGCAAAGAAACAGAACCCCGAGGUGAAGAUGGUGGUGAGAGGUGUGGCUCAUCAAAUCUUUUUAAUCUAUUCUUUAAUCUUUUUCCCUUUUCUUGCUUCACUUCAAAGCAUGUAUAAUUAGUAUUAUAGGCUCAAACCAAAAAUUAAUGGUAGAGUUUACGAAAAGAAUCAAGCAAAAUUAUAGAGACCCAAUGCAAAACCUACAAGACUGGUUGAGGUUUUGAGGCAAAUUUGCCAAUGCCGAUGCCGAGGCACUCCUCUAAAAUCCAUAUCCACCACCAAAUGCUGAGCCAAUCCUUCACCAUUCAACACCUCCACCGCCACCACUACCACCAUCAUUUCCUGCAUCUUCUAUCCUAUCUGCUCUUCUUCCUCACCCCUCCUUUAUUUGCUUCUUCUGCUGCUAAUAAUGAAGUUCUUACAUUGUAUUCAUGGCUUCAGAGCUCUCCUUCAAUCUCUUCCUCUUUCCCCAAGUGGAAUCCUUCAGACCCCAACCCCUGUAACUGGACUCACAUCACUUGCUCUUCUGAAAACUUUGUUACAGAAAUUACCAUUCAGUCUGUUGAGUUGGCUCUUCCUUUUCCUUCCAAUUUUUCCAACCUUCCUUUUCUUCAAAAGCUCGUCAUUUCGGGUUGUAACCUCACAGGUACAAUCCCAUCUGAUAUUCAGCAUUGCACUGCACUAACAGUGAUCGAUGUUAGUUCAAACAGUCUAGUUGGGAGCAUUCCUUCAAGUGUCGGGAAGCUUCAAAAUCUCCAAGACUUGAUUUUGAACUCUAAUCAGCUUACAGGGCAGAUACCAGUAGAGGUUGGUGAUUGCAUCAACUUGAAGAAUUUGCUCAUAUUUGAUAACUAUUUGAGUGGGAAUCUUCCUGCUGAGCUAGGAAAACUGUCAAAGUUGGAAACUAUACGUGCAGGAGGAAACAAGGAUAUUGCAGGAAAAAUCCCAGAUGAGCUCGGAGACUGCCGGAAUUUGAAGGUGCUUGGUCUAGCUGAUACUAAAGUUUCUGGCUCUUUACCUGCUUCCUUGGGUAAACUAAGCAUGCUUCAGACAUUGUCAAUUUAUACUACAAUGCUAUCUGGUGAGAUUCCACCAGAUAUUGGAAAUUGUUCAGAGCUUGUGGACCUUUAUUUGUAUGAGAAUGAUCUCUCUGGUUCACUUCCACCAGAACUGGGUAAGCUUCAUAAGCUUGAGAAGAUGUUAUUGUGGCAAAACAAUUUUGAUGGAACUAUUCCUGAGGAAAUUGGGAAUUGUGGAAACUUGCGGGUUAUAGAUCUCUCUUUGAACUCCUUCUCUGGAAGCAUACCUCGAUCUUUUGGAAAUCUGUCACAGCUUGAAGAGCUUAUGCUUAGCAACAACAAUAUUUCUGGUUCAAUCCCAUCUCCUCUUUUCAAUGCUACUAAUCUCAUACAGUUACAGUUGGAUACUAAUCAGAUAUCAGGCUCAAUUCCUGCGGAGAUUGGAAUGUUGACAGAGCUUAAUGUCUUUUUCGCCUGGGACAACAAACUUGAAGGAAGCAUUCCAUACACCUUGGGUAAUUGCAAAGGCCUUCAAGCUCUAGAUUUGUCACACAAUGCACUAACUGGUAGCUUACCUGCUGGUCUAUUUGAGCUUCAAAAUCUAACAAAGCUUCUCUUAAUUUCCAAUGACAUCUCUGGUUUCAUCCCUCCGGAGAUCGGUAAUUGCAGAUCUCUUAUUCGUCUUCGGCUUGUAAAUAAUAGAAUCAUCGGGAAUAUCCCAAAGGAAAUUGGGUUCUUGAACAACCUUAGUUUCCUUGACCUGUCUGACAACCGUCUUUCAGGGUCAGUGCCAGGUGAAAUUGGAAACUGCACUGAUUUGCAGCUGCUGAACCUAAGCAACAACACACUUGGAGGUACUUUGCCUAGCUCUUUAUCUUCUCUCAUCAAGCUUCAGGUACUCGAUGUCUCAGUCAACGAUUUUUUGGGUCAGAUUCCUGAUAGUAUUGGAGCACUUGGUGCCCUCAACAGGCUUAUUGUCAGUAGGAAUUCACUCUCUGGUUCAAUCCCCUCCUAUCUUGGUCACUGUUCAAGCCUUCAGUUGCUUGACCUUAGCAGCAACAACCUCUCUGGCCCAAUACCAAUGGAACUUUUCCAAAUCGAAGCGCUUGAAAUUGCUCUAAACUUGAGUUUUAAUGAUCUUUCUGGGGUUAUACCACCACAGAUUUCUGCUCUCAACAAGCUGUCUGUACUGGACCUUUCCCACAAUAAACUUGAAGGUGAUUUGCUGGCAUUGUCUGCUCUGGAAAAUCUUGUUUCUUUGAACAUCUCAUACAACAAUUUCACCGGCUAUCUCCCAGACAACAAGCUUUUCCGACAGUUGUCCACGACAGACCUUGCCGGGAACCAUGGAUUGUGUUCCAGAGGCCAUGACUUAUGUUUCCUCAGCAAUGGCACAGUAACCAGUAUGCCCAAAAGCACCAGUUCCAGGAGCUCACAGAGACUUAAACUGGCCAUUGGGUUGCUAAUCACCUUGACCAUUGCACUGUCCAUUUUCGGUGCUAUUGCCGUGGUUCGAGCACGGAACAUGGCUGGCGAAGACAAUGACUCAGAGAUGGGAGGGGAUUCAUGGCCUUGGCAAUUCAACCCAUUCCAGAAGCUGAAUUUCACAGUCGAGCAGGUCCUAAAAUGUCUAGUGGAAUCCAACGUAAUCGGAAAAGGAUGCUCAGGGACUGUCUACAGGGCAGAACUCGAAAGUGGAGAAGUCAUCGCCGUGAAAAAGCUGUGGCCGUCAACAAUGGCUGCCGGAUAUGAUUGCCAAUACGACAGAAUAGGAAUCAAUGGAGGUGUUCGAGAUUCAUUUUCAGCAGAAAUAAAAACCCUCGGCUCAAUUCGCCACAAGAACAUAGUGAGGUUCUUGGGUUGCUGUUGGAACCGAAAAACGAGAUUGCUCAUGUACGAUUACAUGCCCAAUGGAAGCUUGGGUAGUCUUCUACAUGAAAGAAGCAGUGGCUCAUGCUUGGAAUGGGAUCUCAGAUACAGAAUCAUAUUGGGUGCGGCCCAAGGUUUGGCUUAUUUGCACCAUGACUGCGUUCCACCAAUCGUUCACAGAGACAUCAAGGCCAACAACAUUCUCAUUGGUCCUGAAUUCGAACCCUACAUUGCAGACUUCGGACUCGCCAAGCUCGUUGACAGUGGAAAUUUCGCAAGGUCUUCCAACACCGUCGCUGGUUCUUACGGUUACAUUGCCCCAGAGUAUGGGUAUAUGAUGAAGAUAACAGAGAAGAGCGAUGUGUAUAGCUAUGGCGUCGUUGUGUUGGAAGUUCUGACUGGAAAGCAACCAAUCGACCCAACCAUACCAGAUGGGUUACACAUUGUGGAUUGGGUUAGGCAACGAGGAGGGCAACUUGAAGUUCUGGCUCCGAGCUUAUGUUCUCGGCCGGAAUCUGAGAUUGAAGAAAUGCUUCAGACUUUGGGUGUUGCGUUGCUCUGUGUAAACCCUUCGCCGGACGAUAGGCCCACGAUGAAAGAUGUGGCGGCGAUGCUGAAAGAGAUAAGGCAGGAGAGAGAAGAAUGCGUGAAAGUUGAUAUGCUUCGUGAUGGUUGUUCUGGAGGAAAUGGCAGAGAAGAGAAUUUGGGUUCCAGUUUGAGUCCAUUGGAAGUGGGUAAGACGCAAAGUUCUUCUUCUUGCUUCCCCAAAAUUAACAAUACAAGCUUCUCUGAAUCCUCAUUGCUAUAUUCUUCUUCUUCCUCUAAUGCUAAGACAGUUUUCAAAUAAUAUUUAGUGUCUUUCUAGUAAUAUUUUUAGUUUGAAAUGGCAUUUGUUUACUAUAUGGUGUUCUUCAUGUUCAAUAAACAGUAAAAGAAGAGUAAAAAUUCAAAUUUGAUUCCAAGAUUCUCAUAUA